AUUGCUGUUAUAACGUUGGGCAACAACGGGAUGGAAAUACUGUGCCUGGUUUAUCUCCAGUGCCACUGAUGUAUUGGGUACCUUGCUAUGUCCGUGACAUGAGUACAAAGAAGCAGUUUGACUCUGAAAGGUUUGAGUGCCCAUUGUGGUCCCACAUGAUAAUGUUUCAUCAAAUACAUUAUCUGGAGUUCGUUCUCUUGUAUGUCCUAAUGGUGUCGGCAGCUCAAGACACUUGCCCAGCUUCUAGUAGAAUUCAUGGGAUUCCUGGUCAGCCUGGAAUUCCUGGACUUCCUGGAGAAGAUGGCUUGGAUGGGUUGCCAGGGCAGAAAGGGAAUCCAGGUCCUCCCGGAUCAGUUGGCACGACCAGCAGUAAAGGAGAGAAGGGUGAACAAGGCAUUGAAGGCCCUCCUGGCAAAGUCGGACCUGAUGGUGAGAGAGGAGAAAAAGGAGAAAAGGGUGCAGCAGGAAAGAAGGGUCAGAAAGGAGAUGUAGGAGACAUGAGUGCUCAGAAGUCGGCCUUUUCCAUGGCAAGAAGCAUUGAUAAGGCACCACGAAAAGGGUACACGAUAGUAUUUGAAAAGCGGAUCAGUAAUGAACAAAAUAAUUACUCUCCCAGGUCGGGAAAAUUUACAUGUCGUAUCUCAGGCCUGUAUUACUUCACGUACCACGCAACUUCAAAAGGAUUCCUGUGUGUCAACUUAAUGCAUAACAGGGAAAAGGUGGUCACUUUUUGUGAUCAGGUUCACAACACGUUCCAGGUCAGCUCAGGGGGAGUCGUUCUUAAACUGAAUACAAAUGAUCUUGUCUAUCUCCAAGCAACAUCCUCCAAUUCAAUGCGAGGACUGCAGGGAGCUGACAGUGUCUUCAGUGGAUUCCUCAUAUUUCCUGAUUAAGAAGCCAACCGCUAAUCAAUCAGAGCAGCCUCAUGCAAUACAUCAGGGAAAAUGGCCCUUCUGCACAACUAAUCCAUACUAAGCACGGUGCACACUGUCCCCCAAACUGAUCCCAUUUGCCCGAGUUUGGCCCAUAGCCCUCUAAACCACUCAUAUCCAUGUACUUAUCCAAAUAUUUCAUCGUCUAUGCUUCAACCAUUUACUUCAGCAGUUCGUUCCAUAUCACACCACAUGAAGACAUUUUCUCUCAUCCCUUUUAAAUUUCUCACCUCUCAACUUAAACCUGUGCCCAAUAGGUUUUAGUUCCCUUUCCCUGUGAAGAAGACUGUAUGCACUUCAUGCUUUAAUAUGCCUCAUUAACAUCAGCCUACAUUCCAAGAAAUAAACUCCUACAAUGCCCCAGCACUCCCUGUAAUUCAGGUCCCCGAGCACUGGAUGUAUCCUUGUAAAUCUCUCUGCACUCUCUCCAGUUUAAUGAUAUCUUUUCCUAUAAAAGGGUGAUCAAAACUGUGCAACUGUCCUUCUAGGUCUCUAUGUCCACAACACUCUCCAGUGCCCUACCAUUCACCGUGAAUGUCCUAUCCCUGGUUUGAGUUCUCUAGGAUUUGUAUGUUCUCCCUGUGACCACAUGGGUUUCCUCUGGGUGCUCUGGUCUCCUCCCACAGUCCAAAGAUGGACUGGCUGGUAGGUUAAUUGGUCAUUGUAAAUUUUCCCGUGAUUAGGCUAGGGUUAAAUCUGGGGUUACUGUGUGGCACAGCCUGUAGAGCUGGAAGGAUGUAUUCCGUGCUGUAUCUCAAUAAUUGACCCGACUAGUGGCGUCAGUGUCGGACUUCAGGAUGAAAGGUCCCGUGUUCGAAUCCAGCCGGCUCCCCUGCACGCUUUCCAUCCGUGCUGGAUUACGAGCUGGUGACCUCUUUGGAAACUCACCCGGCAGAAGGCAAUGGCAAACCACUGCUGUAAUUUGCCUUGUACGCGGUUCCCCACUACAUCAGAGAGGCGUGGAGGGAAAUCGUCCACUAACUAGUGAAACUCCGGAUGCAACGUACCUUUCCUUUCCAUCUCAAUAAUUACUUAAUUAAUAGAUGAAUAAAAAACGUAACAAAUCGCACUUAUCUGAAUUGAAAGCCAUUUGUCAAUCCUUGGCUCAAUUACCCAGCUGAUCAAGACACUUUGCAAGUUUUCGUAGCCAUCUCAACAUCACUUAAUUUAGUAUCAUCUGCAAAUCUAUAAACCAAGCCUUAUACAGUCACAUUCAAAUCAUUUCUACAAAUUAUAAACAGUGAAAUUCCGAGCACCAAUCCCUGUGACACACCACUAGAUACAGGCUGAGAAAAAAACCUUCAAUUAUCACCUUCUGCUUCCAACCAACUAGCCAGUUAUAAAUCCAGUCCACCUUCUGGAUCCCAUGUGAUCUAACCUUCUGGAUGAGGCUGCCAUGCAUGGCCAUGUCAAAGGCCUUGCUAAAGUUCAUGUAAAUAACAUCCACUGCCCCACCUUCAUCUAUCCUCUUGGUUACCUUGUGAUAAGGCUCUCAGAUUUAUCAGACAUGCUUUCCCAUGCAUAAAGGCAUGCUGACUAUCCCUCAUCAGACCAUGUCUGUCCAAAUAUUGAAAGAUCCUAUCUCUCCAAAUCCCAUCCAGUAACUUACCCUUCAGUGAUGUCAGACUCACCAGCCUGUAGUUCCCUGGAUUGCCUUUUUCUGCCCUUCUUAAAUAAAAAAAAUUGAACCACACUCCACUGUUCUGGAACUUCACUUGUAACUAAAGAUGAAGCAAGUAUCUCUGCAAGGGCCUUUGAGCUUCCCUCUCUCGCUUCUCACAAAAUCCAAAAAUUUAUCCAUAUUUAAGUGCUUUAAAGGUGUGAAUACCUCAUCCUUGGUAAUUCUUAUGUGCUCCAAGACAACACCACUCAUUUCCCUCAUUUGUUCAGCUGCCCUCUUUUUCUCUAUAGUAAAGACUGACACAAAACAUUCUUUAAAAAUCUCACUCCAUCUCCUGUGUCUCCAUGCUUAUCUUCAAGAGGACAUUUUCUUCCCCAAACCACCCUUUUACUCUUCAUAUACGGUUCCUAUAGAAUCUCUGUGGAAGGAAGGUUGAAAUUGUAUUUAGGAAACAAGGAUUUGGGAUGACAGCAGUAAACAAUUAACACCGAUAUCUGAAAUUUCCCUGCUUAAUAUUAAUGAGGACAUUUAAUAUACUUAGGAAGAAAAACAUUGUCUUCAUUGAAGUUUUCAGAGAUACAGCUUUAUUUGAAGGCCUCAAAAAUGACAUUGUAGCAAUUCUUCUUUCUUUGAUCACAUAAGCUAAUGCCAAAUUACUUUAAAAUUUAUUGACCUUGGCAUGUUUCUUGUCAUUCAAACCUGAAGCUUGCGUAUAUGUGCUAAUGAAAUGCAGUUAUAUAACACCAUUUUAGAAACUCAAUGUAAUAAAUAAAUCUGAAAAUUGAGCAAAAGUAAUUAUUUCCAGUAUACAAGUUAGAAGUAUUGACUUGGCAAUCAGCUUUUUAAUAUCUAUCAAGGUAACUAAGCAAUUUAGAAAAUUUGUUACAAUAAUCUGGAACUGCAAUGUAAUCAAGAGCUUCAGUAUGUUUAUUUUAAAAAUUAAAUACAUGUAAUCAUUUUA